AUGUACGCAAAGACUCUUGUUCUCGGCGGCCUGGUCGGUCUCGCCAGCGCCCACAUCAAGAUGAGCGACCCUGUUCCGUACGGCGCUUCUAGCCUCGACAACAGUCCCCUCAAGCCUGAUGGCUCAGACUUCCCCUGCAAGGGUAGUGCCUACAACGCUGAGGGCGCAUCCAACGUCUACGGCCUUGGAUCGAGCGGCAACAAGCUGGCUUUCAUCGGUUCUGCGGUCCACGGUGGCGGCUCAUGCCAGGUCUCCAUCACUUACGACGCCCAGCCCAACGCCAACUCAGUCUGGAAGGUCAUCAAGUCGAUCGAGGGUGGAUGCCCUGCUCAAGAUCAGGUCGGCAACAUGGGUGACAAUGCCGCCCAAGAAGUCCCUUACAAGUACUCUUUCGACAUUCCCUCUGACAUCCCCGCCGGCAACGGUACCAUUGCUUGGACAUGGUUCAACAAGGUUGGCAACCGUGAGAUGUACAUGAACUGCGGUCCCGUCACUCUCACUGGCUCUGGCGGCUCCGAGACUGCCUACAGCGCUCUUCCCGACAUGUUCCGUGCGAACAUCGGAAAUGGGUGUGAAACACUGAGCGACACUGAUGUCGAGUUCCCCAACGCUGGCCAAGCCGUCGAGAAGCUCAAUGGUGCCACUGAUGCCUUUAAGCCCCCCAACGGCAGCUGCGGCCCUACCGGCGCUCCUGGCAGCGGCAACGGCAACGGUGGCGGUAGCCCUGCGCCUACCACCGCUCCUCCUACCACUGAGGCCCCUACUCCCACCGGUGGUGCUGACGGCUCCGCCCCGACCCUUCCCGGAGGUGUCUUCAUCCCCGUUCCAACCGCUGAGGCGCCCGCUCCCACCUCCGCUCCCGUUGCGCCCGCCCCUGAGGAGCCUUCCACUGCCCCCUUCGAGCCCGCUCCUGAGACGCCAUCCACCGAGGAGCCUGCUCCUGUCGAGCCUACCCCCGAGGAGGGCGCUGGCUCUGGUGACGCUGCCCCUCAGCCCGAGGCUCCCGUGAUCACCGACCCCAUCUCUGAGGCCCCUGUUCAGGACACUCCCGAGACUGAAGCCCCCGUCCCCCCUACCGACAACAACACUGCCACUACUCCUGGCUCAGCUUGUGCAAACGAGGGUGAAUGGAACUGCGUUGGCGGCACCUCUUUCCAGCGCUGCGCCAGCGGAGCUUGGUCCGUCGUCAUGCAGCUUGCUGCUGGUACCAGUUGCGAGGCUGGCCAGAGCGCCAACAUCAACAUGAUCGUAACCCGCAAUGGCAGGAAGCGUGCCAUCCGCAGCAUGUCUGUCUAA